AUGCCACCGAAACGCAAAGGCGGCGCCACCGGCAACGAUGAACCCACUUCGCGUGAACGGAAGAAACAGAAAACAGAACUUGCGCGCACAAUCGCCGUGCAACCCAAUAACACAAGUUCUACAGUCGCAACAGCCGGGAAUGCAGUGGCUGGUCCUUCUAGAUCUGUCCGAUUUAACAGCAUGGCUGGAUUGCCGGGUUCGUUAGAUGUCGAGAAGUUUGCUGAGGCUCGCGCAUAUGAGAUCAAUGCUAUGCACGAAGCCAUGAAGAGUGCGAGAUCGAACGCAACAAAGAGAGCUUGGCAGCUACUUCCGCGACACCUUCGUCGUAGGGCCGCGAGUCAUGAUGUCCGCCGUGUUCCCUUGCGUCUGCGGGACAAAGCCCGAGCAGAAAUGGAUCCUAUGCGCCGCAAGGCGUUGGGUCGCUCUCUGCCCAAGCGCGGCAAGAGCAAAGCGGUCAGUCGUAAUCAGCAGCUCCUCAAGCGACAACGUAGCAAGAAUUGGCUGGAGACUCAUCUAUGGCAUGCCAAACGGAUGAAGAUGGAGAACAUGUGGGGAUACAGGCUGGCAGUGGAACCGACUGAGAAGUCCUUCCGGCCCUCGCACAGAGCAUCGGUGCACGGAUCUAUUCUCCACGACGCAUCGUACUACGCAUUACUUCAGAUCCAAGGGCCGCAGAGUGUUCUGCGUGCACUCCUGGACAAUUGCUGUGAUUUCCAAGCGCCCAGUCCCGGAGCGAAAAGGUUCCUGACCGGCGCACGAGCUUGCGAGACGCAUAUAUAUAAGUACGGAUCGUACCCCUUCGACCUGAUUGCUCCCGUCCAUGUCAUAUGGCAGCCUGUGGUAAAUGAGAAAACGGACAAAGUGGCGACUCAAGAAGCACCUGCAGCGGCCUCAGCCGCUCCUUCUGGAGGCAAACGCAAGCGAAGGGGGAAGGGAAAAGCACCUGCGAAGGUAACGGGCUCUGCGGACACUACUGGCGCAGGCCUCGGUCGUACUGUAUGGAUCCGUUUCCACCCGUCAGUGGUCGCGGAUGUGCACCUGGCUCUGCGGACUGCCUCGUCCUUCGCUCUGGAGGCCUUCAAGAAGUCCAAUACGGACAAAGAAGUGGAAGUCGUGAUCACUGACCUCAGGGAGCGCGUCAAUGUGUUCGAGAUCAUGGGGCCGAAGUCAAGCCAGGUUCUGAAAGGUGCCUUGAAACCGACGACGGAGUCGAAGAGGGAAGACUUUGAUAAGUUCUGGAAGUCGCUCAAUGGCUUGCAAACUGCGGGAUCGCUCCCACGGGGGAUGGUUGUUGGUUGCACCGUCUACGAUCCGCGCCUCAGUUUCCCACCUAAGAAUGCGAAGCUCGACACCGACCCCCAUUUGACUUCUUCCCCAGCAUCAACCGUGUUCCCGUCUUCUGCCCUCGCUCAAAGUGAAAUUUGGAACGAAUCUAUGAGGAUUGGCCUCCAGAGACCGCGGUACAAGAAGAAGGAUAUUGACGAACGUAAAUCUAAGAACCUCAUACCCGGGACUCCCCUGCAAGCACAACGUCAAGACGAUCGUAUUCCCGUGCUGCUUAUCCAGCGGUCCGUCGAGAGCUCCUCUCCUAUCUCUCAGUCCGAUUCGAACCACGCCAGCACCUCAGCCGCUCUCCACGGCUGGACUCUGAUCAUACCCUCGGGAUGGGGCAUGCCCUUCCUCUCAUCGCUAGUCUACACGGGCACCCGCGUUGGAGGCCAGCGCGAGUGCCAAACGCAGGCGUUCGAAGGCGGCUGCGCGUAUUUUCCGCGCGACUACCCUUCCACCGACGCGUAUAGCGAGUACGCCGAGGCGCGGGAGGAGACGGAGCGAGAGCGGUGGGAGCGCAAGCCGCCUGCGAAGCGGCCGAACUUCGAGAAGAUGGGCACGUGGAACCCGUGGCAGGCCGAUUGGGGCGUCGUCUUGGGCCUGGAGGAGCCUUGGGCUCGUGAUGAUGGCGGGUUUCUUCCUGCACAACGGGAGCCUGCGCCAACUGCGCCGACUCAAGGGGACAUGGGCCAGAAAUUACAGCCUUGGCUGAUGCGUUGUGCGGAACUGCCCUCGAUCUUGGACAAAGUGUCGACGAUGUUCAACCCCGGCGCGUACCUGCUCGACUAUGUCAACCAGGUGCGGACGAAGCGCCAUCAGGACCCGUUGAACGCCAGCAUCAAGGCGGACGAGCUGUGGAAGAGCUCGCUCGUGAUGGUCAGGGUGGUUCUUCGUGGCAGGGGCUCUCCUGAGGACCUUGCGAUCAUAUAUAGCAUGAAUGACGAGGAGGUGAGAAAGCACAAGAAGGCCGAAGCUGGCGGGACACAUCGCGAUGCCAUUUCCGACGAUGAUGAGAAAGAGCCCUCCGAGUUGAUCCCGUCUCAAGAUUCCAUAAUCGGGUAUGUCACCACUGGUCAUUAUUCGCUGUCUCGAGGCGAAGGACACGCGAUCGGCGCAGUCCCAGUAGCACGUCUACUGGAGCUGAAGCAGCAAGAAGAGAGACUGCGUAUAGGAUCAGGGUUCCUAGUGAAGAUUCGUAACCGCGACCAGACGAUUUGUCGAGCGGCCCUUCUGGAAGUGCUUUGA